AUGGAUCACAUUCUGGAAACCGAUCCGAGCGCCGCUUCUCCUGCGAGAACUACUAAGGCUGGCCCGGGUGCUAUAUCGAACGCUAAAACAAAGGCCCAAGAAUGCGGCAAAGUAUUUAAGAACACGGCGUUGGCUAAUUACCAUGUCGAGAAGAGUGGCCAUGAUCCGUUUGAGGGGUCUGCGGAAGAAGUUGGCCGCGUGGCUGUGCGUGGAGUAUCUCUAACCCCAGAUGACCCUCAGAUAAAGCCACUUAUGGGGGAAGAGAAGCAACAGAAGUUAGCUGAGCUCCGCGAAAAGAUAGCUGCAAAGUGCAGCGUGAAGGCUCAACAAGAAGCCAUAGAAGCACGUGCGAAUCAAGCUAUUCGUUUCAAGUCUGGCAAGGACAUUAACAAACUGAGAGAUGAGCUGAAGGCCGAAGAGAUUGUGAAAGAAGAGGAGUUUGAGGAUGCCAGAGCCAAGGCUGCGGUAAAUUUGGCCCGGAUCGAGGCAGAUAAGAAAGUUCGUGCAGAGAGGGCCACAAAGGAGAAAGCUUUACGUGACGGCCAAUUAAUUAUUGACUCAUCAGACACUGCCGGCACAAAUGGGAAGGACUUCAAAGACACUCGUCUCCAAAUCCGUAUGGCAAGUGGAGGAACGCCUUACACGACCACCUUGCCGAGUGAUGCAACGUUACGUGAAGUCGCUGGAUUUUAG